AUGGAUGUGAAGGAGACACUCAAGGAGAACACGGUCUACCCGCUCAAGUACCCGCAGCUCUUCCAGGAGGGCUCGGCAAGCCAGGCUGUGAAGGGUCUCUUGUUGUUUGGUCCGCCAGGAACGGGCAAAACCAUGCUGGCCAAGGCGGUGGCCACAGAGACGGGCGCUACCUUUUUGAACGUGGACAGCGCUAGCAUCUCAUCCAAGUGGUAUGGCGAGGCUGAGAAGAUGGCACGAGCCGUUUUCACGCUGGCGCGCAAGCUGGCGCCAACCAUCAUUUUCAUUGAUGAGAUUGACAGCUUGCUGUCGGCUCGCGAUGACACGGAGCGCUCGACAAUCGCCAGCGUCAAGACCACACUGAUGCGCGAGUGGGAUGGCUUGUCGACGACGGCAGACCGGGUGCUGGUCAUUGGUGCGACCAACCGACCCUACACGUUGGACGAGGCCAUUUUGCGGCGCAUGCCGCGGCGUGUCAUGGUGGACUUGCCGGACAAGGCCGAGCGCAUUUCGAUCCUUGAGGUGGGUCUGCGGGGUAACCGUUUGGCAGCCAGUCUGAGUCUGGACACGCUGGCCGAGCGCCUGGACAGCUACUCGGGCUCGGACGUGCGGGAAGUGUGCCGCGAGGCUGCGGUCUCCAUCGCCAAUGCCAAGGCGCGCGAGCUGGAGGAAAUGGCGUCGCGAGGCGAGCCCUUGGUGGGAUCGCGCUUUGCGCUGCGUCCCCUGAAAAUGGCUGAUUUUGAGGCAGCCAUGAAGAAGAUCCGACCCUCCAUUCCCAAGGACUCGGCCAUGCGCAAGAAGGUGCAUGAGUGGAAUGAGCAAUUUGGCGAGGGCGGCAACGGCAAGAACAAUUCUGGAUAUGAAUCCAUCUACCUGUAA